GAGACCCAAUUCUACUAAUGUGUAUUACCACGACCACUAUGUUUCAUGAUUUAGUUAAGAAACACGACAUUUACGUGAAACUUUCGGAGCGGACAUGAGCAUCGUCCCAUCGGAGGUGGAGGGCUGACCGAUUUUUGACCAAUAAACUAGUAAACAGUGAACAUUUCUCACUGAAAAUAUGCCUGGAGCAGCAUGAAUCAUCCUUUUCUCUAGCCUACCAAAAGAAAUGUGUAACUCGCUGUAUUUAUUAUAAAAAGUGAAAGUUAGUAUGUCGGUGUCGUGCGGAACUGUGCCUGUCGGAGCUAUUUGGAGGUUUCAAACAUUCAAUAAAUUAUACAUUACAAGACUACUGGCGAUGUGUUAUAUACGCUAAUAAUGACAAUUGAUGAUCGUGCUUACUGUAGCUGAGAUAUCAGCCCCAUAGAUCCUUCUAUAUACGAGUUUGAGCAAAGAUAACAGAGGGGUGUGAAACCCAGGGGAAAUUUUCGCAUGGAGGGAAAAUUUCGCACUCAACAACAACAUACCAACUUGAGUGUCAGUGCAACCAAUCCUUUUCCACCAAAAAUUUCCUCAGACUGAUGGCACCUGAUUGAUGGCUUAAUAAGCUAUGUCAUUUCUGUCGCAAAUUAUUUUUUUCCAUGUUAUGACUUUUUUUUUCAACUAUCCACAACUUACGCCCAUUGAUUGAUUGCAUAAUAGGCUAUGCCUUAGCUUUAUGUCGCAUAUAUAUUUUUUUAAAUUAUGACUUUUUUUAAUUACCUACAACUCCUUUGAAUCCCACAUGUCCAUUGAGUCGCCAGCAAUUAUUACGGAUUCUGUGCUAUCAUCAGAUAAUUUUUCCAUUUCUUUCCUUUUCUUAUUUCUCUCCAUGUCAUUUAGUUCCAUCUGCCAUCCAUCUAUUUUUCCUCUUACAUAUAGUAUAUCUUUAUUUUUUGUCUCAACUUUAUUUAGAAUUAUACCUUGAUUUUCCAUAUAAACAUUCAUCAAUCUUCCAUCUUUCCUGUCCUCUGGUUCUCUCUCUCUCUCUCUCUCUCUCUCUCUCUCUCUCUCCGAAUGUUAACACUUUUCUGGCUUGGGGAAAUUCCCUAAAUCGUAACAUUGUUUUGACAUUCAACCAGGUUCCAACUAGUACUCUUGACUUAGGCACGCUUGAGUUGAUUCAUGCUCGAUUUGUCCUUAAACCCUAACAAUAACUCGAUGUUCACCCGCACCGCCUCAGCCUUUCUCCCGACUCACAUUGCCCCUUGUGUUUUACUCUAUCCUUGAGAUUAGAGAGCGUUUCUUGCUGCAAUGCCCACGCUUGCCCUCCCACCGGGCUAUCCUCUGAUUACAACUCUAGACGUCACCAUCAUCGACUUGCAAACACUACUCGCCGCAGUAGGUGUUGUUCCCUACAAACAAGUCUCUGUCAUUCAUCCCACCUGCGUAUUCCUAAAGAAGACAGAGUAACUACAACGCAUGUGAUACCUUCAUAAGUCUCCGCCAGGGCUCGUAUGAUCCCCAAGGCAUCGUCACAGCCUGACACCAACAUCAAGACAAUCCAAAAUGAGCGAUGCGAUUGCCUGAAACUGAGAGUGAGAGUUGCCGCAUACUAGGAACAGAGUGUGCCACAUUAGUAGAAGAGACAUGGCUGAAGUAGAGCAGGCAGCCGUGGUUGCCCGGAUGGAGCACCUGUAUCGAGAAUACAACAAGCUAUCUCAUUUCCUCAGGGGACACCAUGUUGCGUCUGAAGAUGUUGAUGGUGAAAUCCAUGAUACUGCAGAUAUUGUAUCAAUUGAUACAUCAAAACAUCAAGUUAAGAAUUUGAGGAAGCAAGUUCAAGAUCUGACCUCUGAUAAGAGCAUACUAGAGAAAUUAUUACAGCAACACAAGAAUGAAAGUAUUAAGCAAAUUGAAAAACUGAAAAGGGAGGUUGGUGACUUGAGGGAUGACACAGAUGUUUUGAAGGAUAUACUGAAAAGGCUGAAUGAAGAACUGAAUAGGUAUCACAUAAAAUAUGGAAAGCUUCCACCAGUAGAAACUGUACCAAGUAAAAAGGAAAUUAGUCAUUCCAGUUUGUACAAGCUCUCUGGGUUGCUGCAAGCUUAUGAUGAAUUGUUACUAGAAAGGGACACCACCAUCAGAAACAAUAAUGAAAAGCUGGGAGAUUUCAUGGUGCAGGUAGAUUCCAUCACUGCUGAGAAUGAGAAGCUCCAUGCACGUCUGGAGAAGUUGCAAUCACAGGUUCCAUUGGGAACAGAAGAGGCAGAAAUGGUUGCAGCAGAUGCCAGAUUGCUGUUGGAAGAACGAGAACUUUUAGUGGAAGAGUUGCAGCAACAAAAGCAGCAUAACAAGCAAGUUGAUGCUCAACAACAACACCAAUUACAAGCUUUGAAACAUAAAAUUGAGGAGUAUGAACUUCAAAACCACAGUUUGAGUUAUGAACUUGGUACUUGGAAAACAAAGUGCAUGCAGCUGGAAAAAAAGUGUAACUCCCUUCAUGACCAACUUCAAGGCUCAGUUCCACAGCAGGAACAUCAUAUGGCAGUGAAGGAGUGUCAAAGAUUAUUUGAAGAGCUGCGCAAAGCUUACAAACAAGAUUCUGGAAAUAUGAAAGGAAAGAUUCAUGCAGUUAGAAGUGAGAAACAGAACUUAGCUGAGAAACUUAUUGAUACAUCUGCCUGCCUUCAUAGACUACGAGGUCAAGUCUCAGGAUUAAAAGGAUCUCUAAGGAAGUGUGAAAGUCAUAUAAACCACAAGAAGAGUUCUCUGAAAGCUUUGCAGGUCACUGCUCGCCUCACCAACACACGCCUCAAGGCUCUUGCUUCAAUCUGCAGUGAGCUGCUUGAAGACCGGGAAAAACUGUUGGAUGCUGUAAUGAUUUACAAGAAAGAAAAAGAACAACUUUGCAAGGAAGUGACUUUACGUAGUGCGGCUGUAGGAGCACUCUCACAGAAACUAAAGGAGGAGCACCUUGUGUGGAGUGGUCGAGUGGCAGAGAGGGAUGGCGCCAUGAAGGCAGCCAGAGCAGCAUGGAAACGCUCUGCUAGAGAGUCUUCGCACCUACGGAGUCUGUUGGCCACAAAGGACAAUACAAUUGCUUCCCUCAUUUCAGACUACAAGUUAUUCGGACUCACUACUAAUGAAGUCAGACAUUAUCACCAUCCUAUUCCACACCAACCUAAAUUGUAGGCUAGAAAUUAUGAAACAAAAUUGUUUGUACACAUUCCACAAGUGAUAAGAUAAUUAAGUUAUUGGGACUCACUAUUAAGGAAGUCAGACAUCAUCACUAUUCUAUUCCACAUCAACUGUCUGGAAAGUUACCUAGAUUGUAGACUAGAAAUUAUGAUACAAAAUUAUUUGUACACAUUCCACAAAUGACAAAAUAAUAAAGUAAGUAUUGCACU